AUGCGUGUGUGGGGACGUUGCGUGGCUCACACCCUCUCGUUUUUUUUUUUGCUCCUUUCUUACAGCCUUCCCCCUCACCCACCCACCCACAUACAUACACUCAUCAAGAGUCACUCAGCAAGAGCGAAAGCGAGGAGGUCACCAUCUGUCCCCCCUCCUCUUCUCCGUCCUCUAUAUUUGUUUGAUCUUCCCCAGCCUCACUUGUCGUCGCGCUGUGUCUCUGUUGUCUCCCCCCACCCCCCUUCGCUUUCUCCAUUUUGCGGUUCACUUUUCUCUCGUUGCUCUCUCUCUCUGCCCCCAUCCGUGCAAGUCGCGGCUGAGACACCCGACGCGCAGACACGUGCGCACUCCACGCAGGUGCGCAGUCCUACUGACUUUUUUCUCGUCUGCCCGCUUCGACGCGUGUGUAUUUGCUGUGGCACGCCAUCUCUGAGUCUUCUCGCCUCGUACUCAGCCACACGGCCUCGCCUUCUUCUUUUCGUUUCACUUUCCUUACUUGUACCCUUUAGAUUGAAAAGGGACUUCUGCUCACUGCCGCACCCGCACUCCCCGCCAUCUCAACUCCCUCUUGGAGACCGGAUGGCGAUGGCUGAGGCGAAUCAGGAUUGCGUGCAGUGGGUGGAGCAGCACCUGCAGGACACCCUUGGAUGUACCAUAGCCAGCGAGCUUACAGCUCAGCACUAUUUUCUGAUCAAUGAGUUUCUCAUGGGAGAAGACGCACACUACCGUGUACUGUUUGCGUACUACGCCGAGCCCACCGUAACGGCAGCACACCAGCGGCGUGCAACUGGGGACCGUCGCAGUACCUCCCACAACGGCAACAACACCAGAGAUGCCAAGUCAAUCUCCCGGCAGCAGACGAAGAGCAACGACAUCGGUCUCAACCGAAGCCACCCCGUCAGCGAUGACGAAGACGAUGUCGACGGAGCUGCCGCUGGCGUUUCUGCUGCCACAUCUGCGUAUGUGGCCUUCAACACAGACGGAGGCCAAUGCUUGAACGGAAGCGGCUUCGGCGUUUCUGGUGGGCCACAGACUCCGCAGUUGCAGAUCAUCGCUGGCCUUCCUGAGCUUAGCCUCCGCGUCACCUCGCCUGGUGUUCGCACGGACGUGCUGUACUUUGUGCGCCUCGACGCUGAAAAGCCGCUGUUGCGCGAGACGCUAGAGAACUACGUCAUGUGGGGCACGUUCCGGGGUAGCAGCCUGCUUGACAGCUUCCUGCGCACCGUGCGGCAGACCAUUUUGCCCACCUUCUUGCACAACCAGUGGCCGACGAGCAUUAAGAAGGACGUGCGCACGGCGCUGCACCGUUUCAUGGCAACUGUGGUCGAGGACGUGAACAGCCUGAAGGGGCGAACCGUCCUCUACGUUCCAGGCGAUCUGGCUUCCGGUGACAAGAGCGACACGUACACAGGCCAUGAACUCGUGCAGCGCUACGAGGCCACAGUGAUUCACUGGACACGGCAGAUCAAAGCCGUUGUUGGCCAUCGUGACACAACCAACACCGAGGACGAAGGCCAUGCUGGUCCGCUCGAGGAGAUUCAGUACUGGCGGGCGAGGGCGCGAGACUUGGGCAGUAUUCGCUCUCAGCUGAACCGCGACGAUGUGGAGGCUGUCGUGAAGGUGCUGAGGGACGCGAAAUCUUUUUAUUAUCUCGAGCCCUUUCUUGGCCUUCGAACCGACAUUGAGCGCGGAACGGAGGAGGCGUACGAUAACCUGCGCUACCUGUGCACGCUCAUCGAGCCGUGUGAGCGCCUUGCCAAGGCGGAGCUGCGCGACAUCCCGCACUUGGUGCAGGACGUGCUCAAGAAUGUGCAACUGAUUCUGAUCUUCUCCAAGUUCUACAAGAAGGAGCACAUCACACGACUGCUGCGCAUGGUGUCGAGCGAGAUCAUCGGCAGAUGCAGCAGCCGCAUCAACGUGCGUGCCAUCUUUGCCGGCGACGUCACAGAGAGUAUGAAGGCGUUGGAGGAGAGUAUGGUCGCUGGUGAGGCGUGGCUGACGGAGUGCCGUCGCAUGCUGGUCGCUACCCGGCGCCGCUUUCGCGUUGAGAAAGGAGAGAAGUUGGAGCUUGACGAGUCGUUCCUGAACGAGAUGGAUGGAUUUGUGCGUCACCGUUGCCAAAACCUCCGCGAGAUCUGCCUCAGCCAGCUCCAGUUCGGCUUCACUGGCAUAGCGGACGGCGAGGCUGGCGGCAAUGGGCCCGUUGCCAUGUCGAUUUUGCGGACCAGCAGCACCCCCGUCCCCAAUCGCCGCUUGAGCCGCCGCACGAAGGCCUCGGUUUUUGGGCGGGAGCAGAUCCCCGCCGGCUUCCCGCUCAGCGUACCGGAGCUGGAUACCGCGACCCAACCGCCUGCCUACUUGUUCGACGGAAAGCUGCCCAUUUUCCGCGGUAACAAAGGCCCAGAGCUGGAGUCUCAGCUCAUGGACAUCCAGCGCGCCUUCAAGUCGAAAAUGGAGGUGCUGCGGCACUUCACAUACAACGUGCUCGAUGUCAAGGCGACGCAGUGGGUGGAUGACUACCGCGCCCUCAAGAUGGACAUCGACAGCCUCGCAGUGAUGAUGCGCCAGAUCAUCACGGCCUCCUUUGACGCGGUGUCGACGGUGUCGAUGGGGGCCGAGGUGAUCGAGGCCUUCACCUUAAUCAGUAGGAGUGAGGAGCUCCUCAUGCAGCUCGACCGUAAUACCGACCGCGUCUUCCGCCUCUUCACACAACACAUAAAGUCCGUGCGGGCUGACGUGCAGCGAUACUUUGGGCGUGUGCCGCCUCUGUUCUACCGCCACCCACCGCUCUCUGGCCAGGCCGCGUGGGCUGCGAACCGCUUGAGCUUCAUUACUUGCGAGCACGAGGCGCUGCGCCGCUGCUACGCCUUGCCGAACUCUCCUGAGAAGGACGAGGCGCUGCACCUCUACGAUCGCCUCGACCACACGCUGCGCGAGAUGGUGCGCAAGGAGUACGUGGAGUGGACGUCCGAGGUGCCGGCGAAGCCGUCGGAGCUACUGGAUGACUACCUGCUGGUGCAGCGUCCCGGCACUGGCACAGACCUCGAGCACCCGCCCCUCUACGAUGUGAACUUCCCGAUUCACCUCCUGGUGCUCUUUGCGGAAGCGCACAACUGGCAGCGGAUGGGGGAGCCGGUGCCACCAGAGGUGGCCGAGAUGUGCACCCGCGAGGAGCGGCUGCGCCUCUACCGCGAAAACGUCUCGAUGGCGGUACGGCUGCACAACGCCUCGGUGGACUCGCUGAGUAAUGCGGAGAUGCGUCUCUUUUCGUUGCGCAUGGCGGCGAUGGACGCGAAGUACUUGCCGGGGUUAAACAAACUCUGCUGGAGCUCGCACGGCAUUGUAGAGUACUUUGUGCGCGAGUGCCGCGUGCAGGCGGAGCGCGUUCAGAGUAUUGUCGAUGACUUUAAGUUCUGCAGUGCAUUCAUCGAUUACCACUGCGGCCUUAUCGCUGACACGCUCUCUGUGCUGGUGGAGAAGAAGGUGAUCUACACCCCUGACGCGUUCGUCGCAAAGCAGAAUUCCUACCGCGCCGCCGUGAUGCAGAAGGUAGCGAAGAUACACGAGCUCGUGGUGCAGAAGCUAUACAGCGUCUUCCAAUACUUCCGAGAUGACUACAUGGCGAGUGAAACGGUGCGCGCCGAGUGGCACGAGUACAUGGAGCGGAUCGACAUCAAAGUGGAGGAGGCUCUGUGGAUGAUGGUGAAGCGGUCAUUGCUGACAGUGGAACGGGUGCUGCCACAUGAGAGCAGCGAGGAUCGGCUGGAUGAGCGCGUGUUCCGGUUGAGCGUCAUGAUUAGCGUGGCGGAGGAUCAGAAGCCGGUCAUCCAUGCCGCGCCGUCGGUGCAGGAGCUGUCGCAGCUCGUGAACGAUGUCUGCAAGGCCAUCAUUGGCGUUGUCCGCGGCUUGCCACGGUUGGAGGAGUCGCUGCAGCAGCGUGUGUCCAGCGAGACGGAGGCAUUUCUGGCCGAGCACAACACGGUCGCCGUUACCUACGCCCACCCUGGCGGCGCCACAUCGCUGGCGCUGCGCGGCACCUACUACGAGUACAUGACGAGGGACCAGGACACAAUUCUGACGCUGGGCCGCAUUCAAGAGGCCUUCAUGAGCAUCUCCGAGAAGGUGCGGGACAAGCUGAACCAGACUUGGCAGCUGCACCAGUCUUCCACAACGGACAACCUGUGGACGACGCAGCGGCAGGAUCGACGUAUCAAGCAGGGCUGGAAACUCGAGGACUACCGCAUCAACAUGGAUCACGUGGCUCAGCGCCGCGAGGGUAUCGAGAAGCAGGAGGUGUUCUCCGACGUGCUCUUCUUGCAGCUGGACUUCACGAAGAUGAAGGAGACGUUCCGGGCACAGUGCCAGUUCGUGAUUCAGCACUAUCAUGGCCUGCUAUACGCCGAGGUGAAGCAGGAGCUCGACAACACGUAUGACUCCUUCAGCUUCACGACGGAGACCCUCUCUCACGAGCCCAAGACACUCGACCAGCUGGGCGAGCUGAUGCGCCAGUGCACCGUCGCCCUCGAUGCGCUGCCGUCGGUGGAGGGCCAGUUUGACAUGCUCUCGCAGAAGUUCGCCCUCAUCACUAGUGAGGCGUACAACUUUGGCGGUGUCGACCCUGCGGAUGUCGUGCGGUGCGAGGGGCUGCCGGAGGCGUUCGAGAGGUACACGCAGCAGCUGCAGGAGAUCCGCAAGCAGCUCGACGUGCACAAGGAGCACUUCCGAGUGGAGGUGGAGACUGAGCUGCGCACGCUCGUCUCGAAGAGCUUCACAUUGUACCAGCUGGUGCGCGACGAGGCGCCAACGUCGUGGUCUCUGACCACGGCGACAGCCUUUGGGCAGCUGGAGGCGCUGGAGCGGAAGGCGGUGUCGCUUCGCGCGCUGGAAAAGAGCCUUCAGCAGGGCAUCGAGAUCUUCGCUCUGGAGAAGCCACCGCUGGAUGACUUGGUGAAGGCCGAGGCCCAGCUGCAGCUACUGCGCCGGUUGUGGACGCUGGUGCGGAGCUGGCGCACCUUUACCAACACAUGGAAACACAUGUACUUUAUGAAGCUGAACAGCGAGCGCAUGCUGGAGGACAUCGAAGACACCCGGCGUGAUGUGCUGCAGCUGCGCAAGGAGAUGGAGCAGAUGAACGUGUGGCUGCAGCUGAAGGACGACAUUGAUCUUUUCAAGAAGAUCCUGCCGAUCAUCGAUGACCUGCGCACGCCUGCCAUCCGACCCCGUCACUGGGAGCAGCUCAAGCUGCAGCUCGAUGCCACUUUUGAUCUGGAGGAUGAGGUGUCAUUCUGCCUGCAGCGGCUAAUGGAGGCGCACGUGGAGACGCAGUCCGAGUUCAUCAACAACAUGGCCGUCGCCGCCCGCGAGGAGCUUAAGAUUGAGACGGAUCUCGAGAAGAUCACGCUUGUCUGGGAGGAGACGUGCUUCACAAUUGAGCCGCACCAGGGCUACCACAAGAUCGCCGCCGUCGAGGACAUCAACACUGACCUGGCGGAGCACCUCAUGAUGCUGAGCUCGAUGAAGAUGUCCCGGUUUGUCGACAGCUUUCGCCCACGCGUGGUGUUGUGGGAGCAGCACCUAUCGCAGGUGGCCGACACGAUUGAGGGGUUGCUCACGGUGCAGACGAAGUGGAUGUACCUCGAGAGCAUCUUCAUUGGCAGCGAAGACAUCAAGCGCAAGCUCGUGGCCGAGUCAAAGAAGUUUGACUCAAUUCAUGCGCAGUGGCUCGCCAUCAUCGCCCGCCUCGUCAGCGACUCGAAUGUGCUCCGGAGCACGCGUCGUGACAACCUGCUGGAGCAGCUGAACAGCAUGAACUCCGACCUCGAGCUCAUCCAGCGCAGUCUGGAGGGAUUUCUGGAGGACCGCCGCCGCUGCUUCCCGCGCUUUUAUUUUCUCUCUAACGACGACCUUCUGGAGAUCCUUGGGCAUGCCAAAGACCCGGAGAAGGUGCAGCCGCACUUGCGCAAGUGCUUCGAAGGGCUUUACCGGUUGACGCUGAAGGCGGGCCGCAACAACCGUGUCUUUGCCGAGGGCAUGUCAGCCGCCGAUGGUGAAGAGGUGCCGUUCAGCCCGCCGCUGCAGAUUGAUGGCUUGCCAGUGGAGGCUUGGUUGCAUCGUGUCGAGGUGAAGAUGCGCGAGACGAUGCAGUCGUGCCUGAACGCGGCUCUGAAAGACUUGCAGGAGAACGUGUACACCCCGCGACGGCCCAUCAACCGCGAUAGGCUGCGGCAGUGGGUGGAGCAGCAUGAAGGGCAGGUGCUCAUCACGGCUGCAUGCAUGAACUGGACUUUACAGACCGAAGUUGCCAUUGCGGAGUACGGCGACCUACACUACAACGGCCUCAGCCUCGCCCGCCGCAAGCCCUCGCCACUCUACAAGGUGUACAAGAAGUGGAAGAGCCUCAUCCGCAAGUACUGCCAGAUGGUGAGAGAGCCGCAGUCGCGGCUGCAGCGCAACAAGCUCGUGGCACUGGUUACCAUCGAGGUUCACUCUCGCGACAUCUUGCGCCACCUCCUUACCCACCGCGUGCAUCUGCUGGAGGAUUUUGAGUGGUCGCGGCAGCUGCGCUUCUAUCAGGAGAGCGCGGGGUCGUCUGGUGACAUCGGCGACAGCGGCGCGAUCGAGGCGAGCAUGGACGGCGGCGCCGUCAUCACUCCAGGCGCCAGCGAGCCAACGUGUAUAGUGCGCCAGACAAGCGCGGUGGUGCGGUACGACUACGAGUAUCUUGGCAAUAGCGGCCGACUCGUCGUGACGGGGCUGACCGAUCGCGCCUACAUGACGCUGACAACAGCCCUGCAGCUGUUCCGUGGCGGCCUUCCACAGGGCCCGGCUGGCACUGGCAAGACGGAGACGGUGAAGGACUUGGGCAAGGCGAUUGGUAAGUAUGUGAUGGUCUUCAACUGCUCCGACGGCCUCGACUACCGUUCCGUCGGCCGGAUGCUAAGCGGCAUUGCGCAAACCGGCGCGUGGUCGUGCUUCGAUGAGUUCAACCGUAUCGAGGUGGAGGUGCUCUCGGUCGUGGCGCAGCAGAUUAUGUCGAUCCUGUCGGCUGUGUCGGAGCGGAAGCACCACUUUCUCUUCGAAGGGACGGAGAUUCCUCUGAAUGUGAACUGUGGCCUCUUCGUUACCAUGAACCCCGGCUACGCUGGCCGCUCUGAGUUGCCGGACAACCUCAAGGCGCUCCUUCGGCCCAUCUCCAUGAUGGUGCCAGACUUCACGCUCAUCUGCGAGAUCACGCUUCUAUCGGAGGGCUUCGAGGAGUCGGAGCCGUUGUCGAAGAAGGUGUCCAUCCUCUAUGAGCUGAUGGAGAAGCAGCUGUCGAAGCAGGAUCACUACGAUUUUUCGCUGCGCAACAUCAAGGCGGUGCUCGUGCAGGCUGGCAACUUGAAGCGCGAGAGCUUCCCGGGGACGGAGCAGCAGCUCUGCCUCAAGGCCAUGAAGGACAUGAACCUGCCCAAGUUUGUAAAAGAGGACGUGCCGCUGUUCCUCAGCAUGCUUGGCGACUUGUUUCCGGGUGUGGUGCCGCAGGAAGUCGGGCUAGAGGAGCUGCGAGCGGCGACGGUCGACGAGCUGGAGGCGCAGAGGCUGCAGGUGAACGAGCACAUCAUCGCCAAGUGUUUACAUCUUUGGGACACCCUCCACACCCGCCACGGCGUGAUGGUGGUCGGCCGCACCGCGUCUGGCAAGACAGUCACCUGGAAGACACUGGCGGGAGCGCUACGGAGACUGAAGGAGGCUGGCGUGGACGGCCCGUAUGAGGCGGUUCGCAUCUCGCUGCUGAACCCCAAGUCGGUGACGAUGGACGAGCUGUACGGCAGCUACAACCAAGCGACGCGUGAGUGGAAGGACGGUAUCCUGUCGGACCUCAUGCGCCAGAUCUGCCGCGACGUGACAGACUCCAACUACAAGUGGUUGCUGUUUGACGGCCCCGUGGACACGCUGUGGAUUGAGAGCAUGAACACCGUCCUGGACGAUAAUAGGAUGCUGACGCUGAACUCUGGCGAGCGUAUCAACAUGAACCCCACUGUGCGCAUGCUCUUCGAGGUGCAAGACCUCUCUCAGGCGUCACCGGCCACGGUGUCCCGCUGCGGCAUGGUGUACUUCAGUGUCGAGGAUCUCACCUGGAGGCCGUUUGUGAGUACGUGGCUUCAGUCCCGCCGCAACUUCGAGGUGUCCAUGAAUGCACCCAAGCCGGACAGCACAAUCAGUGAGCUGCAGACGUUCGUGGAAGAGGCGCUGACACGCGCAUUGCAGUUUAAGCGUAGUGAGUGCGUUGACCUGAUCCCGACGACGGAGUUCAACACGGUCCGCUCCUUUACCACCAUGCUGGACGCGUUGGCGAGCACCGAGGCGGCCCCAGUAAUGCCCGGUGGCGCGCGCUACCAGGCGGCGCAGGCGGGCGAGAGCUACUCGGCGCAGCUCCGCAUGAUGGCGAUGUUUUGCCUUAUUUGGGCGGUUGGAGGCAGCCUCACAGCCGACUCCCGCCGCAAGCUUGACGCCUUUGUGCGCGAGAUGGACGCCUCGUUCCCCUCAGUGGAGACCGUCUUCGAGUACUUCCCGAAUGUCUCGUCGCUGCGGUGGGUGGGGUGGGAGGAGCAUCCGGACGUGCAGAAGCCGUUCGCGCCGACGCCGGACACGCCGUACUACGAACAGAUCGUUCCCACGGUGGAUAUGAUUCGGUACUCAUACAUUGUCUCACAGCUCGUGUGCAGCGGUGUCCAGCUGGUGCUGGUCGGCACCACUGGGACUGGCAAGUCGCUCAUUGUUAACCAGGUGCUGCACGGACUCCCUCCCGACAUGUACGUCGCAACGCACCUUCACUUCUCUGCUCAGACGACGGCGAAGAAUGUGCAGGACAUCAUCGAGGGCCGUAUGGAGCACACGUCGAAGAAGGUAUGCAGCCCCCCAGGCGGGCGCCGCAUGGUGUGCUUGAUCGAGGAUCUGAACAUGCCUGCCAAGGAAAUCUUCGGUGCGCAGCCGCCGCUCGAGCUGCUGCGUCAAUGGAUGGACAACAGCUACUGGUACGACCGCACGACGCGCUCGAAGCGGCUGGUGAAUGACAUGCAGCUGCUGUGCUGCAUGACCUACGGUCGUCCAGAUAUCACGGAGCGGCUGCUGAGCAAACUGAACGUGUUCAACGUGACAUUCCCAGCGGAGCCGGCGGUGGUGCGGAUCUUCUCUGCCAUCCUGGGCCACCGCUUUGCUCCGUAUGCAGACAUCAAGGGCUACGUGGACGCCAUCGUGCAGGCCACCAUCGAGGUGUACAUGAGGGUCUCUACCGAUCUCCUGCCCAUCCCAAGCAAGUCGCACUACCUCUUCAGUCUUCGCGACCUCAGUAAGGUGUUCCAGGGUAUCUACGGCUGCUACCUGGAAGGGAUCACGAGCAAGGAGCACCUCGUGGCGUUGUGGGUGCACGAGUCGCAGCGCGUCUUCUCGGAUCGGAUGAACGAUCCGGCGGACAAGGUAUGGUUCCGGCAGCUGCUCAACGACAAGCUGAACAAUGUGUUCCAGACGAAGUGGACGAACAUGCUCAAGGCGCGCAUGAAGGUUUCGCGAGGCCAGACCUUGUCGGAAAACGAAAACCCCAUCUUCGUGGAUUUCUUAGACGGGGAGCAGGACGAGAUGGCGAAGUAUAAGCUUGUGCCCUCGAUGGAGCAGCUGCGGCAGAUCGUGGAGGAGGGGCUUGAGAACUACAACACCGAGCCUGGCGCGCGCCCGAUGAACCUCGUCUUCUUCGCCGACGCGCUCGAGCAUCUGUGCCGCAUUCACCGUGUGCUGCGACAGCCUCAGGGUAAUGCGCUGCUGGUGGGUCUCGGUGGCAGCGGCCGCAACUCGCUGAGUCGGCUCGCCACGUACCUCGCUGGGUACACAAUGUUCACAAUCGAAAUUCACAAGAAGUACGACCAGGAGCGCUUUCACGAGGAUUUGCGCACCCUCUACAAGGCGUGCGGUGUGAAGCGGCAGCAGAAGGUGUUCUACAUCGCCGACACGCAACUUGUUGACUCGUCGUUUCUCGAGGAUCUCAACAACAUGCUCUCCGCCGGCGAGGUGCCCAACUUGUUCGCCAAGGACGACCUGCAGCACAUCAACGACGACGUGCACAAGCUGGCACUUCUGAGUGGGUGCCGCGAUUCACCCGAUGAGCUUUACAACUUCUUUGUCCGACAAGCCCGCCAGCAUCUCCACCUCGUCAUCGCCAUGUCCCCUGCCCACAGGCUCUUCCGUGUGCGUCUGCGCCAGUUCCCGGCGUUGGUUUCGUGCACGUCAAUUGACUGGUACUAUGCGUGGCCGAAUGAGGCGCUCAAGGAGGUGGGCCUGCGCUACCUGCGCGACUCGCGCGAGGACUCCGAAGAGUCAGACGAGCUUCUGGACACGAUCAGUGAUCUCUUCGUUUUUCUGCACGACACGACAAACCAGAAGGCUGAGCAGAUGCGGGCGCAGAUCCACCGCCACACGUACGUGACGCCGUCUUCCUUUAUCGACCUCGUCCGCGGUUUCCGCUCGAUGCUACACAGCAAGCGCAUCGGCAUUAUCGAGCAGCGCGACAAGCUCGCGAACGGCAUGUCGAAGCUGGAGGAGACGAAGGUGACGGUGAGCGAGAUGCGCGAGGCUCUCAAGGUGCAAGACGAGCGGCUGCAGGCCAAGUCGGCUGAGGUGAGCAAGGCCACAGAGAGCAUCCAAGCGCGGCAGCACAUCGCAGAGGAGCAGCAGACUCUUGUGGCGUCGGAGAAGGUGAAGAUCGAGCAGACAAAGCGCGCCGCCUUGGCUGACCAGUCUGAGGCACAGGCUGAUCUUGACCGAGCCAUGCCCACCCUGCUCGAGGCCCAGGCGGCGCUGGACAAGCUGGACAAGAGUGACAUCAACGAGGUGAAGUCCUACAAGACUCCUGCCGUUAUGAUUCGUACGGUGAUGGAGGCGGUACAGACCGCGUUGCAUCGCAAGCUCGACUGGGAUGAGGCGAAGAAGUCGCUGAGCGAACCCAAGUUUAUUGACAUGCUCAAGACGUACCACGAGACGCACGACAUGACGGACCAGAGGCUGCUCAACGCGCUCGAGAAGUACGUGAAGCGCACCGACUUUACCCCGGCGGCGGCGAGCGCCGUGUCGAAGGCGGCGGGUGGGCUGUGCCAGUGGGUGAUUGCGAUUCACAAGUAUGGCAACAUCUUCAAGGAGGUCCAUCCGAAAAUUGUGAAGAACGAGAACGCGCAGCAGAAGGUGCGGGCGCAGGAGGAGAUGCUGCGCCAGAAGGAGGAGAAGUUGCAGAGGAUCGUGGACGAGGUGCGCCAGCUCGAGGCGGAUCUGCAAGCGAACAUCACCGAGAAGAACCGCCUCAUGGCCGAGGCGCGUGCGACGCAGGACAAGCUGAACAAGGCCCAGAUUAUCGUGGACGGCCUUGAGGGCGAGCGGGGGCGGUGGACGGAGGCGAUUGCGCGCUUCGAGUUAUCCUUGGAGAACAUCAACAGCGAGACCCUCCUGGCUUGCGCAUUCAUGUGUUACUGCGGUGCCUUUACAGCCGACUACCGGCAGCUGUUGUGGCAGAGCUGGCUGAGGGAGGUGCAACGGGUGCAGCUGCCGCUGAACCGCAACUACGACUUUGUCGGCUUCCUCGCCGACCCGACGGAGGUGCGUGACUGGCACCAGGCCGGGCUUCCAGGCGACGAGUUCAGCAAGGAGAACGGCGCUGUGGUCGUCUUCGGUCCUCGUUACCCUCUCAUGAUCGACCCGCAGCAACAGGCCAUCAAGUGGGUGAAACGGAUGGAGCGCGACAACGGUCUGAAGGUGAUCGACCCGAAGCAACAGGACUUCCAGAAGACAGUUGAGUACGCGAUUCAGUUCGGCUGCCCGCUGCUGCUGCAGGACGUGCUGGAGGAGAUCGAUCCAUUGCUCGACCCCAUCGUGUCCCGUUCCUUUAUCAUGAAGGGCAAGCGCAAGCUCGUCAAGGUCGGCGACAACUACAUCGAGUUCAAGGAGGGCUUCAAGCUCUACAUCACCACCCGGCUGCCGAAUCCGCACUACACCCCUGAGACGUGCACGAAGGUGUGCCUGCUGAACUUUGCGGUCAAGGAGCAGGGACUGGAGGAGCAGCUACUAAAGAUCGUAGUGGAGAAGGAGAAGCCGGAGCUGGAGCACGAGAACGAGCAGCUCAUCCUCCACACCGCCGCAGCCAAGAAAGAGAUGAAGCAGUUGGAGGAGGACAUUCUAGACCUACUCUCCACCUCACAGGUGUCGCUCCUCGAGAACCAGCGGCUCAUCGAGACGCUGCAGACGGCCAAGGUGACGGCGGCAAACAUUCAGAACCAGCUGCAGGUGGCGGAGACGACAUCCGUUAAAAUUCGCGAGGCACGCGAGGAGUACCGCGAGUGCGCGCGGCGUGCGUCGUUGCUGUUCUUUGUCCUUGCCGACCUCGGCGCUAUCGACAGCAUGUACCAGUUUGCCCUGGACUCCUACAUUCAGCUUUUUCAGACUAGCAUUCGGCGCUCGUCGGAGAAGAUUGUGUCCCACGAAAUGGCGGAGCGCAUCAAGACACUGAAUGAGUGGCACACGGCCGCGGUGUACACAAACACAUGCCGCGGACUGUUCGAGUGCCACAAGCUGCUCUUUGCUUUUCACAUGGCGAUGCGCAUCCUGCAGACGCAGGGGAUGGUGAGCAUCGAGGAGUACGUCUUCAUGAUGCGGGGAGGACAGAUGUUGGAUAAGCAGAGCCGCUUGCCAAACCCGGCAGGCGCGUGGCUAUCGGAGCGGGCGUGGGACCACAUUUUAGAGCUGGAGCGGCUGAGCGCCUUCCAUGGCAUCGCCGCGCACUUUGAACAGAAACCCGAUGAGUGGCACACCUGGUACCUCCUGGAGCGACCCGAGGAGGCCCUGUUGCCGGAGGAGUGGGAGGCGCGGUGCGGUUGCAAUGCGCUCCAGCGCAUGAUCUUCAUGCGAUGCCUGCGCCCUGACCGGCUCAUCUUCAUGGUGUACGAGUUUAUUGAGGAGCAGCUCGGCAGCCAAUUUGUGGACCCGCCAGUGUUUAAUCUCAAGGACACCUUCGACGAGAGCAUCAACACAAUUCCGCUCAUCUUUGUGCUCUCUACCGGCGUAGACCCAACGAAUCAGCUGCAGUCGCUGGCACAGCGCGAGGGGCGUGAGCUGAAGGUGCUCGCGCUGGGGCAGGGCCAGGGUGAUAAUGCAAAGCGUGCGUUGCAAGAGUACAGCCAAACGGGCGGGUGGGUCUUCCUGGCCAACUGCCACUUAAUGGUGUCCUGGCUGGUGGAGUUGGAGAAGAUUAUCGACGCCAUCUUUGAGCAGAACCCGCAUCGCGACUUUAGGCUUUGGCUGAGCUCCGUGCCGACGCCGCAGUUUCCGAUUGGCGUGCUACAGCGCUCCAUUAAGAUGACGACGGAGCCACCGAAGGGGAUCAAGGCGAACAUGCUCCGUCUGUACAACAUGUUCAGCGAGGAUGACCUGGCGACCCGCAGCGCUGAGCACCCCCUCAUCUACCGCAACCUGUUAUACUCCUUGUGCUUCUUUCACAGCGUGCUGCUGGAGCGGCGCAAGUACGGCACUCUCGGCUACAACGUCCUCUACGACUUCACCUCCUCCGACUUCGACGUCUCAGAGAACAUUAUCCAGCUGUACAUUGGCCAAAUGCGCUCUGAUGCCGUCGAGGAUGUCCCGCUCGUCACCAUUCGUUACCUCAUCGCCGAGGCCUCGUACGGCGGCCGCGUCACGGACGACUGGGACCGGCGUGUGUUGAAUACGUACAUGGCGCAGUACGUGUGCACGGACGCCAUCACGCAGGAUCGCUACCCCCUCGCUGCGGCUGACGAGUACGUCAUCCCAGACGACUGCAACACGCUGCAGGCGUACAGAAACCACUGCAACCAGCUCCCCAUCACCGACCCGCCGGAGGCUUUCGGGCAGCACGCGAACGCGGACAUCGCCAGCCGUAUCGCUGAGUCGACGGCGUUGCUGGACUGCCUUAUCAGCGUGAACACCUCGCUGGUGCGCGACGGCGGUGGCGGAAGCAGCGGCAGCGCGCAGGCGGCCACGCAGGAGGCACGCUGCCUCGAGAUCCUGGCGUCCAUCGACGAACCAAGCAAGGCUGCCACGCCGAGUCUGCUCGACUACGCCGCCAUCUACGAGUCCACCGAGGGCGACCGCGACAAUGCUCUCAACACGUGCCUCCUGCAGGAGGUGCAACGCUACAACCUGCUCUUGCAGACGAUUCACCGGCAGAAGGCGGAGCUGCGCCGCGCCGUGAAGGGCGAGAUCGUCAUGUCGGAGCAGCUGGAGGGGAUCUUUAAUGCGCUGCUGCUCGGCCGUGUGCCGCCGCCGUGGACGAACGCCUACCCGAGUCUGAAACCACUUGCGAGCUGGGCGGUGGACCUCGUCGAGCGUGUGGAUCAGAUGCGGCUGUGGAGUCAGCGCACACCGACGGUCUUCUGGCUCUCCGGCUUCACGUACCCCACAGGCUUUCUCAAGAGCCUACAGCAACAACAAGCGCGCAGGGACCAGAUCUCGAUUGACCAGUAUGACUGGGAGUACGCCAUCCUGCCGAGCGAGGAGCGUGCCAUCGCCCAUCGACCCAAGAAGGGGGCGUUUGUGCGUGGCAUCUUUCUGGAGGGCGCCGGCUGGAACGGGGAAGCGAACACGCUGUGUGAGCCGAAGCCGAUGGAGCUGAUUGUGUCGAUGCCAGUGAUUCACUUUAAACCGAAACUCCGUACAGGCAAGGCAAAGCCGACGAACGUGUACGAGUGCCCCUUGUACAUGUACCCGAUUCGCACCGGCACCCGUGAGCGUCCAUCCUACGUUGUCGCGGUGGACCUCGAGUCAGGCGACGCGGUGCCGGAGACAUACACGAAGCGUGGCACGGCGCUGCUGCUCUCCACGGACGAGUAG